UUCUGAAUGUGCAUUUAAAUUAAAUGAAACCGAGGUUUUAAUGUAAUUAUUUAAUUAAAACUGGACUUAUUUACUUCGGAAUUCGGUACUAAACACUACUAUGAUGGAAAUAAUCGAAUUAUUGAAUACAGUAGAUAUUUGUCGUUUCUGCCUAUGCGUAAGUGUACAAAGAAUGGUCCCGCUAUCAGAUGAGAUUUUACAAUCAAUAUCAUCAUGCUUUUCGUUGCAGAUAAAUAUUGAUAUUUCUCUGCCACAGCAAGUGUGUGAUAAUUGCAACAGUAAAAUAACACUUAUAAGUGAGUUCAGAAAAUCUGUUCUCGAAAAUGAACAAAUGCUUUAUAAAAAACUAACAGAAGGCCAAGAUGAGUUAAACAAGUUCUAUUUGACUUAUCAACAAGUGAAAACUGAAGAUAAUGAAAAGAUAAUAAUAAAAAGUGAAACCGUCAACAGUAUAGAAGACGACGGUUACUUUCCUGAAGUUGAUGUAAAAGAAUUAAUAGUUAAUGAUCACAUAAGUUCUGAAAAUGACCAAAAAGAAGCACAUACGAAUGAACCCUUCAGUAAUUCUUUUGAAACUGAUAUCAUAGUUGAUAUAAAAGAAGAAAAGGAUCCAGAAUAUCCUGAAGAACAAGUCGAUACUCACAAUUCCAUCAACAAUACAAAUAAUACUGUACCCCAACUCCAAUGUCUUACCUGUUUUGAGAAGUUUCAAUCCCAGUGUAACUUAUUAGGCCAUUAUAACACAGUACACUUGAAUAAGCCAAAAGAAAAUUCACCAACAGUUACAUUCGAAAUUGAAACAAAAUCAGAUAGUACAGUUUACAAAUGCAAUGUUUGUAGCAAAGAAUAUGACACUCAAGCGAAGAUAAGAAGGCAUGUUUCUAGCCAUUCUAAAGCUAGGUCUUUCCUUUGUAAGCUGUGUGGCAGAACGUACAAAACAGCAUCAGAGAUUGUCAGACAUGGCCGCGCUCAUAACGGCACGGCACUCUUCUGCCGAAAGAAUUGUGGCUUCAGCACCGCCUACCCUGGAGCCUUGAAGGAACAUGAGAGAAGGCAUGUAGGGGACUUUAAGUACAAAUGCGAAAAAUGUGGUAAACGCUUCCAAGUGAAGACUUGGUAUCUGCAGCACCAAAACGUGCACCUUGGUCACAAGCCGUAUGUCUGUCAUUUAUGCGGUCUUGCCUUUCAUAUGCAGCGGACCCUCUCCGUCCACUGUACCGCAAUGCAUCCGCAGUCGUCAAGCGUGAAACGUUACGUGUGCGUCCACUGCUUCUUACCGUGCGAUUCGCGGAAAUCUCUGACGGAACAUAUGAAGGGGCAUGGGUUGACGGCUGAAAAGAAAUUCCUGUGCGACCUGUGCGGCAAGGUCCUGGCCAACGGCGACCAACUGCGGCUCCACAAACGCGGGCAUUACGGCGUCAAACCGUACACUUGCGGCACGUGCAACAAGUCUUUCGCGAAGAAAUUCAACCUUCAGGUGCAUCAGAAUUCGCAUUCCAGCGACAAAGCCCAUGAGUGCGGGAGCUGCGGCCGCCAAUUCAGCCAGCGGAGCGCCCUGAGACGGCAUUGUGCCAGAUAUCAUCACUUGGAGCCCGACACGUCUAGCAGUGGCACCAGUAGCGACACAGCUCUCCCCGCGGAAUAACUACAGCCUUUGGAGAUAAUGCGGCUGACAAGACGCGAAUAAGAAAAUAAAAAUGUUUUUUUCUCUAUCCAGGAUGUCUUGAGAUCGCUCUAUAGCAAUAAGACCGCCUAAAUUGUACCGUAUCUUUUGUAUAUUGCUUUCUUUUUUUAUUUGCUAUCUUGUGUGGUGUCUACUAUCUAUCUCUUUUGAACCCUAGGACACGGCACAAACAUGGACCUAUAAAAAAAGGCGGACGGAACUCGCGCUACAACAAAACUGUGACGCAAAAUUUUGGCGUUUGUCUAUUGUGUGAGUGAAUUUAGGGAUGCCAUGUUAGCCAAAACAUUUUACCCAUUUAUUUUAAGAAAAACAUAGAUCGGCAGAUGUUUCUUGGAAAUGUAGACAGAAUUAUUCCGUGCCAUUUUAAAAGGAUGAAAGGAUUUUGAGGAAAGGAUUUUGAUGAAAGGUGAAUGCGUUGAGGUAGGCGCGAAAUUUUCAAUGUUCAAAUUUUCUUACAUUGUUUGCAAGUCAGUGUGUCAGGGUAUGUACAUAAUGUUGGUCAAAAAUGAUUCACGCAGUUACAAAUUACGAAUCUUGUGUACACUAAAAUCAUAAUCUUAUGCAUCAUCAAUAUAUUAUUAUUAUCUCUGAUAGAUUUUUUUGAACAUACAACCUGACACUGACUUGCAAUCAAUGUAAGAAAAUUUGAAUUUUGCAGUUCCACAUUUUUGGGAAGGAUCAUAUUUGCCUAUGAAAAUAUAUCCCAUUAAAACACAAUUAUUAUGAUAAAUUAUUUUAUUUCCAUAGUAUGCGUAAUAAAUUACUAAAAAGUCCUAAAAUUAUUAUCAAUUUCCCAUAUUUCGGGUAAUUUUCCCACGUAAAUAACUGAGAACACUGGUCUUUGACGUAUUAUUUUUUCGAGUGAAUGACGUUUGAUUUCAAUUAAUUUCAAUAUUUUAAUGUCGGGAAAUAAGUGAUUGGAUUAUUAUUUUGCCUGUGAAAUGUGAUUCCUUAAUUUUUGUUUGUUCGAACAGAACGGUUAUUACACAAUUUCAUCACACAAGACAUGUCGUAUUCGUGUUGUUUUUUCGCUGCUUAAAUGUGUCAACUGUGUGAAGUUUGCACUCGAAGUGGUGUAUCAGGGUGUGAAUGUGUGCGUGCCGGCCUGUACGUACAGGCAAGCUGGUGUAUCCUAAUGUCACAGUAUUUUGUUGAUGAGAAUCCGUCCGUGUAGUAUAGAUGACCCACGCUGAACUGUCCCACCAAACUCAAUGACAGGGGGGCGCUACCAUCGUUCAACUAUAUGGUUUCCAACAUGGCACAAAUCGGAACCAGCGAUCUGGUAUUGACGGUGGCGCCCCACUGUCAAUGUCAUGCAUAGGACAGUUCAGUAUUUUGGAACUAUAGCAGCUUUUUACAUCAUUUUAUGUAUCUACCGAAAUACUUUUGUGAAAACUGCUAUACCUAGUUUAAGUUAGGUUAGGUCAUUAAUUGAAUAAAAUUAUACAU